CAUUCUUACAUAAUCGACAGACCUUCUCCUCCUCACACGUCUCCACACUGCUUGAAGCCAUACCACUCAUUCAUCACGACCAAGAAAAUGCGGUCCCUAAGGACCCUCCUACUCCUACUCAUCCUCCCAACAGCCUUCGCCUUCAAACAGUCCGACUUCAAAACAUGUUCCCAGUCUGGUUUCUGUCGCAGAGGACGCGCCCUUGCAGCACGCGCACAAGAAUCCCCAUCAUCAUGGCACUCCCCAUACUCAAUCGAACCCCCAGAAUUUCUUUUACUUAACCCUCGUCAAGCAGUGUUCACCACAAGCGUUCACUCGUCCAUCCAUCCCAACGUCAAAUUCGUGUUUGAUGUUAUUAUACACGAGGACGGCAUUGUGCGCGUGCGAAUGGACGAAGAGAACGGACUGAGGAAACGAUAUAACGAGGCUGCUCAGUGGGCGCUUAUUGGAGAACCUUUGUUGAGUGAGGAUGUUAUCUGGACGAUCAAGGGGGGCAAAGCCAAGGCUGUUUAUGGACCGAAGAAGGAUAUGGAGCUCGUCGUCGACUUUAACCCUCUCAAGAUCACGCUUUUCCGGGGUGGCAAGGAACAGGUUGUAUUGAACGGGCGCGGCUUACUGCACAUGGAGCAUUUCAGAACCAAGGAGGACUCUAAACUAACUGAACAUAUCGAAGGCGAGGGACAAUCCGUCCUCCAAGUCAACCCUGCAGCAUGGUUCGAAGGUGACUCCCAAGACGCCUUCUGGGAAGAAACAUUCUCCACAUGGACAGACACAAAACCCAAAGGCCCCGAAUCCCUCUCCCUCGACAUAACCUUCCCCAACCAUGCCCACGUCUACGGAAUUCCCCAACACGCCACGAACCUCUCUCUCCCAAGCACAACAGGCCCCACCGCAAAAUACACAGACCCCUUCCGCCUCUACAACGCAGACGUCUUUGAAUACCUCUCAGACUCGCCGACUUCUCUCUACGGCUCGAUCCCACUUAUGCAUGCGCAUUCUGCAACGUCGACAGUCGCUGUUUUCAAUGUGCUUGCAUCUGAAACAUGGAUAGAUAUCGCUCAUAUGGAAAAAGGCGGCGUAGAAAACGCACUGGAUAUCCGAAUCCGGGAUCCUAGACGAACAGCGCCCCUCCCAGCCCACUGGUCACUCGGCUAUCACCAGUGUCGCUGGAACUACGUCAGUUCAGAUGACGUGCGCGGUGUGCAGAAUAGGUUUGACGAGGAGGAUUUCCCGGUGGAUGUGUUUUGGUUGGAUAUCGAGUAUGCGGAGGAUCACAAGUAUUUUAUGUGGAAUAAGAAGACGUUCCCGGAUCCGGUGGAGAUGACGAAGGACGUGGAGGCUGUUGAGCGGAAGAUGGUAGUCAUCGUCGACCCGCACUUAAAACGCUCAAACGACUACCCAGUAUACAAACGCGCAUCCGAACUAGGAGUCCUCGUUAAACCCAAGAGCGGCGAGGGCGAGUACGAAGGAUGGUGUUGGCCCGGCUCCAGCUCAUGGAUCGACUUUUUCCAUCCUGGUUCAUGGGACUUUUGGGUGUCGCUGUUCAAGACGGAGACUAUCGAUGGUCAGUGGAGUUGGACGGAGAGUACUAAUAAUAUCGGUAUUUGGAACGAUAUGAACGAGCCGUCAGUGUUUAACGGACCGGAAAUCACGAUGCCGAAAGACAACGUUCAUUACGGCGGUUGGGAGCAUAGAGACGUGCAUAACAUCAACGGAAUGCUCUUCGCAAACCACACAUUCCAAGCAGCAGAAGCCCGUACAGAUCCCCCACGACGCCCAUUCGUCCUCACCCGCGCCUUCUACGCCGGUUCUCAGCCCGACGUUGGCGGCUUCUUCGGAAACCCCGAACCAGAAAUGUUAGUGCGCUGGUACGUAGUGGGCGCAUUCUCACCCUUCUUCCGCGCACAUGCGCAUAUCGACACGAAGCGCCGAGAACCGUACCUUCUUGAGGAGCCGUACAAGAGUUUAUUGAGGGAUAUUUUGAGGUUGAGAUAUUCGAUGCUUCCUGUGUGGUAUACUGCGUUUAGGGAGACGAGUGAGAGCGGGGUUCCUAUCCUCCGGCCUCAGUAUAUGAUGUUCCCUGGGGACGAAGCUGGGUUUGGGAUCGAUGAUCAGUAUUAUAUCGGGUCGUCGGGAUUACUUGUUAAGCCUGUGACGCAGAAGGGGCUGAAGGAGGUUUCCGUGUAUAUUGCCGAGGAUCAGGUCUACUACGACUACUUCACCAACCUCGCCCACCGCCCCAAAAACCGACAUAUCACCCUCCCCGCAAACCUUGACCAAAUCCCCCUCCUCAUUCGCGGAGGCUCCAUCGUCCCCACACGCGAACGCCCGCGUCGUUCCUCGCCGCUGAUGAAAUACGACCCAUUCACCCUCCGCGUCGCGCUUGAUACUUCCGGGAAUGCGCACGGGGAGGUGUAUCUUGAUGACGGAGAGACGUACGGGUAUGGAAGGGGGGAUGUUGUCUGGCGUAAGUUCGGUGCGGAGAGCACGAAAGGAAAGGGGAGAGGAGUUGGGACGGUGCGCAUCUCGUCCGCUGAUCUUGCCGCAAAAACACAAGUGGGUGCGUACGACCCCAAGAACGAAUUCGCGCGCAGUGUGGGUGAUGUGAGAGUGGAGAAGAUGGUUGUUCUUGGACUUGGGAAGAAGCCUUUGAGCGUCGUUUUGGAUGGCGGGAGGGAGCUUGAGUGGGAGUUUGCCUCGGAGGGUGGAGUGUUGGUCGUUAAAGAUCCUGCAGUGCGCGUGGUGGAUGAUUGGGCUAUCAUUGUGAAGUUGGAGUGAGAUACCAUGUUGAUGAUGUUUAGAUCAUUUGUGCUUUGCGUUGUGGAUGUCCAUUGCUUUCAUGUUUUGAUCUAUCAU